AUGGCUGGCGGUGCAAUGAAAUAUCGACAUUUAGGGCGCAAGUCUUCACACCGACGGGCCCUGCUUCGAAAUCUAGUCACGUCUCUCUUCACACAUGAGUCGAUAACAACGACAUGGCCCAAGGCAAAAGAGGCUCAGCGGCUGGCGGAGAAGCUGAUUACGCUUGGAAAAAAGAAUACAGAGGCCAGUCGGAACAGGGCCAUGACUUAUUUCUUUGCACCACAUAAGAUGCUACCUAAGCUCUUUGGACCUCUUCGAGAACGAUAUAUGGAUCGACCAGGUGGUUACACCCGAGUACUGCGCAUUGAGCCCAAAAAAUCAGACCAGGCCCCCUCCGCCAUUCUCGAGCUGGUGGAUGGCAAGCGAGAUAUGCGAUUUGCCAUGACCGCCAGAACACUUGCUCACCAGCGAGCCUCAGGAGAAGAAGUAAUGAAUGAAAUCACAGCCAAGAAUGUGGAGAAGGUGACGAGGUUCAGACCUGACGGACAAGCCGCGCUGGAGAAGGAAGUGGAAAGAUUAUUCAAUGAGAAGAAAGACCGUCGAAGCUGA